AAGGCAGUUAAAAGGCUUGUGCUAGAUAAAUGUCAAGAUUAUUAUUCAAAAACUGAUAAUUCUUUUGGCAAUAAUUCGAAUGAUGCAAUACAAUACUUAGCAAAUGAUGAAUUGGAAUGUUAUAAAAAUCUUCCAGCAAUUUUCUUCAAUGAAAAUGAUGACCUGUGUAAAUGA